AUGGCUGAAACCCCGAAAAAAAUUAUUGACUCCGAAUACAAGUGUUUUUUGUGUGACGCUUUUACUCAUUCAUCGAGAGUUAAAAUCUUCGGUAAAAGCGGACUUGAUAUUCCUCGCCUGAUAGAGUCGGCAGUCGGAGAAAAUUUGGAAAAAUAUGAGAACUCUGGAUCCCAAAUGUUCAUUUGCACUAAAUGCUACAAAAGACUCCUGCGACUUGAAAAAGCCAAGAAGAAUUUAGAGGGCAUAAAAGAGGAGAUCUGUGGCAUUUACCAGUCCAUAAAUCGCAGGGUGAAACGGCAAAUAACCGAUGCAAAUGUGAGUGAAAAUAUCGCACCUCACACGACAACAAAGCCAUCUUCAGCGGCGAAAUCUCUGAAGUUUACCGAGUCAUCGACAACAGCAACUAAUGAUGACUUCCCUACCACAUGUACUUCUUCUGACAGUGGCCCAGCUGAGGUUUCUGAAAAUUUUUUGGCAUGGAAAUCACCACAGUAUUCGGGAGCCGUUAUAAGACAAACAUUUGGCGCUCCACUGCUAUCAUCAACUCCAGUUUCCUCCACACAGAAGACAUCAAACCAAAGCAAGGCUUCUAUCGAAAACACCACUGUCAAGCUUUCUGUUAGCUACCCGAGUAAGACUGUGAAUAAGACAUUGCCAAAAGACUACGAAGCACUGGGGAAAUCUCUUGUUCAUGGCCCGCCUUCGCGUAUCGCAACUGCCGUAUUGAAGUGUGCUCCUCUCACCCAUCUUGUGAUCGAAAAAGUUCUUCGUCUACUCAAGGCAGAGGUAGGAGAUCUUUGCUCCAAAAAGAACCCUUCAUCUCUAAGGAACUGUACAAAAGAGGCCCUGAUCAAUUUUGACCUGGAGAAAUUGUGUAACGAGUGGAAAGAAAGGGCACCUCUAUUUUACUCCUUCCUUUUGACGGUCACUAGUGGAAAGAGUCAGAAAUCUACAACUUGGUUUCCAAGUAUGGCAGUGGCUGGGUCAAUCCUCCUUAAGCAGAGAAAUCCCCAGAUGAACGCCACAGCAAGCGCCUUGAGUUUAGUACUCAAAACAAGAUCUACUGAGGUAAAAAUUUGAAGUUACUGUCUUAUUCGUGAAAUGCAAAUCUAAGUGUUACAUGUAAAGUGUACAUUGUUACAUGUUGUAGGUCAGAAAUGUUUAGCUAAAGUUUGACUUAUCUGUGGUGUUUUGUUAUGUGGUUAUGGAGUAAUUAAUCGGUUUCAUAACUUCAAGCGGUGUUUCACUGUUUUAAAAUUUUCUUUGAAGUUAAAAUUAUGAAAUAAAAGGAUUACAGGAAAUGACUGGCUCUUCUUUGGUAACAAUGCAUAUUGAACUCUCGUUGCUUCACCUUUCUUGCCAUAACCUUGUAAGCUUAUGUGUUAUUCAUUUGUAAUUGUUUCACAGGCCGCACUGGAUAGGUUCAGCAAGCUGAAAAUAACUUGCAGCAAUACCAAAGCACUCAAAGUAAUGGAUGUUAUUGGAGAAAAUCAUGACAAAGUACUGACUGAGAACAAAACAAGGAUUGCUAAGGAAAUGAAGGCAAUUUCUGAUGCAGAGUUGGAGCAUAUCAGCAGUGGUACUUGUAGAAGGGAUCCAAGUGUCAUCCUAUCAACUUGUGAAACUUGUCAGACAAUUAAAGAUGCUAAAAUCAAUUCACAUCCUGGAUUCAUUAUAGCAUUUGACAAUAUUGACAUUCACUUGGAGAGAAGGGAAAUGACCAUGUCUGCCCAAAACAGAGACAUUCAUUGGGUGAAUCAUGAAAUGGUGCAGAACAGGGUCUCGGGAAACAAUCUCCAGUCCCAAAACCCUAAGGCACCCAUUGAAGAUGUUCCAAAUAUUACAUUCCUACCUGAUGUGAAUGACCACAACAAACAGAGGCUGAACUAUAUCAUUCUGAUUUCAAGGAUACUUGUGAGCUACUUUGAUUGUUUUGCACCCUUCCAAGAUGUUUGUGUUUAUAACAUACCUCAUAAAUACAGCAUGGAACAGGCUACGCAAUCUGUUAAGGUAUUAGAGAAAAGAAUUUAUGGGAUGAUGGGUUGAGAUAAUUUUCAAAAAAUAACCUGACAAAGUGCAGAAUAUGGUUGCUGUUUCAGUGUACCCAACAUAAGGAGUAAUAUGUGAAGAAAAAAAAACUUGUGGCAGGGGAGGGGGUAAUUUAUUAGUAAGUUAUUGUUCAAUAUGCACAGAAAUGUUUGCCUUUCAAAUUCAAAUUGGCAUCAGUUACACACAUACAUACACACACACACACACACACUAUACAACCCACUUUAUUAUUUUAACUACAAAAUAGGUUAUUGUACAAGGCAGAAAAAUGAAAGUUUAUAGACUGUGAAAAAGUAUCAUAAAAAUUUGGAUGUUUAUGUAUGAAAAUUGAGGGAAUGAAUGGGUUAACAUAUUUUGAGAGUGUAACAUUAUGUUUCCUAUUGAGGGGAGCAAACACCUUGCACCCGAAUGCCUGUUAUGUUAUGGCUGUUAACAUAUAUUUCCCCAAAAAAAUUCAGUGAAGUGAUAAAACCGUAUUUACUAAAAUUAUUAGCUAUAAAAUGGGCUGGUACGUGAUAAGAAACUUGCAAACUGUAGACCACUAUAGCUAUACCAAUACAGUGCCGGAUCCAGGCUUUGAGAUAAGGGGGUGGGGGGAGUCAUCCAGACCCUUAGAUAAGGGUCCGUCUAAAAACGCCUGCGUCUCCCCCGCAAAAAAUUUCAGCCCUUUGGGCCUCAGUUUGGUCGAAAAAUAAGGAGGGAGGCCCCGGCCCCUCCCCUGGAUCUGCCACUUUUUUAAUACUUAUUUUUAAGUAAUGGUCCAGAUAAGAAGGAAAGGACCAAAACGCAGUGAACACGUUGGAAUGCAAAAAGGUGCUAACUUUACUAUUGUCUCUACUAAGGUUCUGAUUGGUUUAAACAUCAAAUUUUACGAAAUCUUCGCAAAGCAGCAUGUACAUUAAUCCCUUUUUUUCUAUCCAACUUCCUUAUAACAAAAUUUCGUCUGAGUCUAAGUAACACAGAAAUCGUAUGUGCGGAUCAUGUAAAAUUGUGAACAUUUCUUGGCCAUUGUUUGCAACUCUUGUGAUUGGUCGAAAUGUUUUAACACAAAAAUACACCCUUUAAAAAUGGAGUUUAAAUACAUUUUCUGUCGUAAACAGCCUUUUUGUAGAUUUAUGCACUCUCUGCGUAAAAAUGAAAACAUUUCUAUGUGAGGAAAGCGUAUUGCGCCACAACAAAAGAAAUUGCUUCCCUUCUUACCUGGAUCAUUACUCAAUAUCAUAUGCAUUCUUUAAGUUGUAAGUUUGCUUUUAUUGUGGAUAAUAUGAUAUUUUAAUAUCAAUUACAGGUUCCCCUUGGUGUUAUAUUCAAAGAUGAGAAUGUAAAUGAGGAUAUGCUGGCCAUUUUACAGAAAUUUCACUCCUACCUCCCAUCAACAGCCAAUGGUCAGAUCGAUGGACAAAUUUUCACUGGGGAUCAGUUGACCGUGGAAAGGUCUGUGAAUGUCAUAGCCUCUGUUGCUAAUGGGUUCACCCCUAAAGAGCGACUUGAAGGUAUCAACCUGCAGAUUGGAGACUGGCAUGCUGCUGUAAAGCUUCUCUCGGUAAAAGUAAUUUUUUAAUUAUUCAUGAACUUUUAAUAUAAACAGAGACAUCAAAAUUCAGUGUGACAUUAACAGAAAAAUAAUAAUUUGUUAAAACUUGUACGGUUGUAAGGGACCAAUAAUACAAAACAUCAAAAAGGGCAACAGCUGCAAUUAUACCUUCUAACCUUUUAAUUGCCUAGAAGAAAUAAUAAAACAACAAUCUAACAAUCUAGUCAUUUUAACAGUAGUCACAUUUUUCUCUCACAAUUCUUCCCAAAAAGGGUUUCCAUCUACAGACCUAAUUAAGAUGAAGAAAGCAAGUUAAUGCCACUGGACUACUUUGCUGGGGAAGGAGCAAGCAACCAAUCGUUUGAGUAUUUAUGAGCUACUGAGGGUUUGAAACCCUUAUUUUUUAAUGUGACAGUUACAGAAUGACCGAGUGAAAAGUGACUUAUCAAAGGUUUUGAUUGAAUCAUGCGGUUGUAUAGGAGGGUUUUACUCUAAACCUCAAAAAACAUCAUGAACAACAUAAAUAUUCAUUCAAUGUUAUCGAGUUGCGAGGAAAAAACCAAUAAGAGAUGUGAGAAAACUAAAUUGCAAACAGCAGUAUAAAUUUGUGGUUUGAAGGGUUGCUGAACUUUAUUGUGAUUGAACUUUAUUGGUCACUACAUAAUCAACUUUCCUCGAAUUUUUUUGGUGUUCAUGGUUUUCUGAUAUUGACUGUAAGGGCCAAACUUUUUAAAGGAAAGUAUAUGUACAGUAAACUGGAAUUUACAGGUGGGACUCAAACCAAUUAACAGUCUUGGAUGUUUUUUUUAAUAUUUAUUUAUUCCCAAAACAUUUUUUUCCUUAGUUGAUCUUCAAGAGAUUCUUCUCAGCAAAGAGUGAUGGUGACUUGUGUACAUUAUAUGCUGACAGGACCACCAUCAACCGCAGAAAUGUCACUGCCGACCCUGCUAAAGCAUAUCGUGCAGACAGAGAUUUCUUUCUUGUUGUGGUUCGGUCAAGAGUAAUAGCUGCAGCAAUGGAGAUUCUAGGAAUGGAAUCAAAGUCUAGUCAACCAUCCAAAUGCCCUGUCCCUCCAGAUCUUGGCAACAUGAGCAAGCACACCAAGCUUCGGUAUCUCAAUAAGGUAGCAGCAAUGGUUGUUGAUUCCUUUGUAUUUGACCAAUGCUCUCUCAACAACAUUGUUGACAAAAUUAUCACUGCACAAGAGAAAGAUGACGCUACCAACAACCAACAACUAACAGAAGAUGGAAGAUUUCCCUGCAGAUUCCCUGGUUGUAAUUACUCUUUCCAGUAUGAUGGCAGAAGUAGGAGGAGGCAUGAAAUGACACACAACCCACCUCCAGAUGUUCCAGCCAACCUUGCUGAGCCAACAAUUAGUGAUCAAGCCAAUUCGAAUAAGUCUGUGACUACUGAGCAAGAUGUCAAGUCAGAUGAUGUGUACAAUUACAACUGUGCCCUGUUGGCAGAUGGUCUAUUUUUUAUGAACUUUCUUGAUGCCACAGCAGAAGGUGAUGGUGCAAGAAUGAUGCGACAAUACAAGUAUUUGCUUCUCUACUGUAGGGCGGAUGGUGCAAGCAGUACUAAAUAUGCCCUUGAGUGCCUGUAUCAGUCAUUUCUUGUGAAUGCAAUGUUGAGUCCAAGGGAUGCAGAGCGUUUCAUUUGGAAUAGGACAGUCAACAACAGUGGUAAACCUGGUAAGAACAUUGCCUUAGACCUGGAUGUGGAGCACAGCAACAACUUUGUCAAACAAGCUUUCAAGCACUUAGGACCAAACCUUACAGAAAAUGCUGUGUCAAGAAUUUGUAAUGCUGAGAGUGGUGUUAGGAGUGUCCUGGACAAAAUUGACCACAGCAUCUGCCGAGCAGCUGGCUCAAGUGAACAUUCACAUAGAUCCUUGGAGAGAGAUCUUUCCCUCCUGGUGGACAAAUGUCUUAGCAACUCAGUUUUUGACAUGCAUGACUCAAGAAGCUAUGUCUGUUUCAGGAGCUUUGAAAGGGUUCCCUUGAAAAACCUUGACAUGUCAUCCAUGUUCAAUUGGAUCAACAAACACAAGAAAAACAUUCAGUCUGGUUUAAAGGCUAGAUGA